CWGUCAGCCAUUCUUAUUUGGAUCGCGAACAGAAUUUUCAAAAUAUAUUAUUGUGUGGUACACCACGAAGCACAUAUUUUAUUGAUCUYAUCGUCKAAUAUCUUUUCACAAGAGUGUAAGAACUAAGAUAUCGACCAGCUUGUCAGACAACCAGACAUUAAGCCAGUGACAAAUCAUUAUCAGCCAGUAAGCAACAAAACAUGGAAGGCCACAAAAUCAAUAAAGUAAUGAUCGGCGGUGAGGGGACAAGCAUUCACGAUAUCGACGGCGAAUCCGGCUUGACCAAAGAGGAGGAAGAUCGUCAAUCUCAAUAUCGGUCAGGAAAUAACCGAAAAUAUCCAAGCAAGAAAGGGUAUGACGACAAUGACAGCGCAUCGACUGGCAGUCAAGGAAAAUUUGCGAUGAUGACUACUGCAGGAAGUUUCCGGGCGAGCGCCAUUUCUGCCCUUGGAAUCUUCUCCCUCCCAAACCGCGGGAAAAAAGAAGCGACACCAGACCUCAUUGUAGAGGAUCUAACGAAGAGCGAAAUGGAACUGGAUCAGAUGGAAUCCAACAUGAUUGGUUACGAACAUCAAGUGAGACAACAGCAGAAAGAAGAGCAACAACAGCAGCARMAACGAGAGUUACAAGAGGUGCAACAACGACAGUUUCAACACCAGCAGCAUGAGAAACAGCAAGAGCAACAAAAAGAGCAGUUCGAUAAUGAAUCUUCGGCUGGUACCUUCAAAGAUGAGGACGACGAGCACACCCACAACAGCGGAGAUUCGAUUCUUUCUAGCUUGAGUAGAAAAAGACGAAGGGAAAGAAUCAUAUUCUACAGUGUUGUUAGUGUCCUAUUCGUGAUCAUGUGUGCUUUGUUUAUCACUGGUGGAGUMAUCAUGUACAGAAACAACAAAUUAAACGGCGAAUAGACUUUCGGAUUGUAUGACUCAAAUCCAUGGUAUAAAUGGAURGAUUUUCCAUCUGCCUAGGGGUCCAUGGAGGAAAAUCYACUUUAUCAAGGAAUAAACCAGAUACAUGUGAUUGUGUUCAGUUGAUGGAUUGGACCGGAAAGGUCAUCUGUCAAGAGAGUUGAUGAGUGAGCGAAACGACGCACCAUCUUGGUUCUUGGGCUAAAACGCAAUGUAUGAAAACGUGAUUGUAGUAUUAUUUGAUUGUAGACUUAAUUAAGAACAAAGAACUAAGAGCAAAACUCUCUCAUACAACACUGUCCCAAAACAAAUGGAAUUUGACAUG